AGGCAGCGCGGGGGAAAAGGGCGGGGAGCCGCCGCCGAGCUGGAGCCCAGACUUCAAGCAGGAAGGAGAAGAAAACAUGUUGCGGUGACACAGCGGCCUGGACAUCGACUGAAAACACUUCUCACCUUUUAAAACAACCUUUAAACGACACAAAAAACCUGAAGUGCUAAGAUGAAUAGGCGGCGUGCAGACUCGCAGGGCUCCCUGGGGCCUGAUGAUGAGGCCAUGCCGUACAGUGAUGACGAGACGGACGAUGAACUGGACGAAGGCUCUGAAGAUGAAGUUGAGGAGCCCGUGGAAGCACCAUACCCCCCAGUGGAAACAAGACCCCACGACAUGGGCUGGAAGGUGAAAGCCAACAACCGGCCGUAUCACCAUUUGCCAGAGUUCCAGAAAAAAGUCUUUCUGUGCAUAAAGAAGAGCAAAUACUCUGGAAAUGCUAUUAAGACAUACAAGUACAACGUCCUCACCUUCCUCCCUCUGAACCUGUACGAGCAGUUUAAGAGAGCAGCCAACCUGUACUUCCUGGCUCUGCUCAUCUUACAGAUCAUACCAGAAAUUUCCACGCUGCCUUGGUACACCACACUGAUUCCUCUGGUUGUGGUGCUGGGAAUCACCGCCAUCAAAGACCUGGUGGAUGAUCUGGCUCGUCACAGGAUGGACAAAGAGAUCAACAACAGGAAGUGUGAUGUCUUGUUAAAUGGCAGGUUUCAAGAGUCAAAAUGGAUGGACAUCCAGGUCGGAGACGUGGUUUGCCUCAAGAAAAACGACUUUGUUCCGGCUGACAUCCUGUUGUUAUCCAGUUCCAACCCAAACAGCCUCUGUUACGUAGAGACAGCCGAGCUUGACGGAGAAACGAACUUGAAGUUUAAGAUGGGACUUCGAGUGACGGAUGAGAGACUGCAGGAAGAACGCCAGCUGGCAGAGUUUGAUGCCCUGAUUGAAUGUGAGGAACCAAACAACCGUCUGGACAAGUUCAUAGGGACAAUGUUGUGGGACAGAGAGCGUUACCCUCUGGAACUGGACAACAUGCUGCUCCGAGGCUGCAAAAUCAGGAACACGGAGAAGUGCCACGGACUGGUCAUCUUCGCAGGAGGAGACACCAAAAUCAUGAGGAACAGUGGAAAAACGAGAUUCAAGAGAACUAAAAUUGAUGAGCUGAUGAACUACAUGGUUUACACGAUCUUUGCUCUGCUCAUCCUGGUCUCGGCUGGUCUGGCUAUCGGUCACUCCUUCUGGUACGAUGCGAUUGGCUCUAAGGCCUGGUAUCUGUAUGACGGCAAAGACCAUGCCUCUUCUUACAGAGGCUUCCUCAGCUUCUGGGGGUACAUCAUCGUCCUCAAUACCAUGGUGCCUAUUUCACUAUAUGUCAGUGUGGAGGUGAUCCGUCUGGGCCAGAGCAAAUUCAUCAACUGGGACCUCCAGAUGUAUCUUCCAGAGAAAGACACAGCAGCCAAGGCUCGAACCACCACCCUGAAUGAGCAGCUCGGUCAGAUCGAGUACAUCUUCUCCGACAAGACGGGAACUCUGACUCAGAACAUCAUGCAGUUCAAGAAGUGCACCAUCGCAGGACGCAGCUAUGGUGACCCAACCACUGCAGAGGGCGUGUCGCUGGAACGUGGAAAGCCGGUGGACUGGAGCUGGAACCGUCAUGCUGACAGAAAGUUCCAGUUCAUGGAUAAUUUCCUGGUUGCCCAUGUCCGAUCCAAGAAGGACAAAGAUGCCCUGGAGUUCUUCAAACUGCUCUCCCUCUGCCACACAGUCAUGGUGGAAGACAAAGACGGUGAGCUGGUGUACCAGGCUGCAUCUCCUGAUGAGGGCGCUCUGGUGACAGCCGCCAGGAACUUCGGCUUCGUGUUUCUGUCUCGCACGCAGGACACAAUCACCAUCAUGGAGAUGGGACAGGAGGCAACCUAUGAAAUGCUGGCGCUGCUUGACUUCAACUCUGACCGCAAGCGCAUGUCUAUCAUCUUGAAGUUUCCUGAUGGCCGUAUCCGUCUGUACUGUAAAGGAGCAGACACCGUCAUCUAUGAGCGACUCGCCCCCAACUGCAGACACAAGGACAGCACCCAGAGCGCGCUGGAUGUCUUUGCCAACGAGACAUUGCGGACGCUGUGUUUGUGUUACAAAGACAUCAGUGCAGAUGAGUACGAGGCCUGGUCCAGACAACACAAAGAAGCCCAGGUGACCAUGGUCGACCGAGAUGCUGCCCUCGACCGCAUGUACGAGCAGAUCGAGAACAACCUGAUGCUGAUUGGAGCAACGGCUAUAGAGGACAAGCUGCAGGACGGCGUUCCAGAGACCAUCUCCAAACUGGCCAAGGCCGACAUCAAGAUCUGGGUCCUGACCGGGGACAAAAAAGAGACUGCAGAGAACAUCGGCUACUCCUGCUCACUUCUGACAAACGACAUGCAGAUCCACUAUGGAGAAGAUGUUAACGAGAAGCUGAGGAUUCGUCAGGCCAACAGGAGAAAUGAACCAUCUUCAAGUUUUCAGCGAGGCAAAAGAAAACCUGCAGAGCCUUUCUUUCCAGAACCAGGCAAAAACGCUCUCAUCAUCACUGGAGGAUGGCUGAACGAAAUUCUUUAUGAAAAGAAGAAGAAACGUCGUCGCCUUCGUCUCCGUCGUCUGGGAAAAAGAACUCCUCCCAGCAACCCUCAAGAUGGCCAGCCAAUGAAUGACGGGGAGAAGGAGAUGAGACAGAUUGACUUUGUGGACAUGGCCUGUGAGUGUGAGGCGGUGAUCUGCUGUCGCGUUACACCCAAACAAAAAGCUAAUGUGGUGACUUUGGUGAAGAAGUACAAGAAGGCUGUGACGCUGUCCAUCGGAGACGGAGCUAAUGAUGUCAACAUGAUCAAGACUGCAGACAUCGGUGUGGGCAUCAGCGGUCAGGAGGGGAUGCAGGCCGUCAUGUCCAGCGACUACGCCUUCGCUCAGUUCCGUUACCUGCAGCGCCUCCUGCUCGUGCACGGUCGCUGGUCCUACAUCCGAAUGUGCAAAUUCCUGCGUUUCUUCUUCUUUAAGAACUUCGCCUUCACUCUGGUCCAUUUCUGGUACUCCUUCUUCAGCGGAUUUUCCUCACAGAUCGCCUAUGAAGACUGGUUCAUCACUCUCUACAACCUCGCGUACAGCAGCUUACCUGUGUUGCUUGUUGGACUACUUGACCAGGACGUCAACGACAGACUCAGCCUCAAAUUCCCAAAGCUUUACAUUCCUGGCCAGCAGGGGACGAUGUUCAACUACAAGAAUUUCUUCAUCAGUUUGUUCCACGGUAUCUUCGUCUCUCUCGUCAUCUUCUUCAUCCCCUACGGUGCAUUCCUGCAGACGAUGGGGCAGGACGGAGAAGCGCCGUCUGACCAGCAGUCCUUCGCUGUUGUAGCCGCCUCCUCCUUGAUUUUUACCGUCAACCUGCAGAUCUCUUUGGACACCUCGUACUGGACCUUCGUUAACUGCUUUGCUGUUUUGGGCAGCAUUGCCAUCUACUUUGGGAUCAUGUUUGACAUCCACAGCGCUGGAAUCCACGUCAUCUUCCCCUCAGUGUUCACCUUCACAGGUGCAGCAUCAAACGCUCUCCGCCAGCCGUACCUGUGGUUGACCAUCCUCCUGACGGUGGGCAUCAGCCUGCUGCCCGCCAUCUGCAUCCAGUUCCUCUAUAAAACCAUUUGGCCUUCUGAGGGAGACAAGGUGCAGAGAAACAGGAAGAAGUACGAGAUGGAGCUGGAGGAGGAGGAGAAGAGAAAGGUGCCGGCCUUCCAGCGAGACCGGCGUUCCCGCCGCUCCGCUUACGCCUUCUCUCACUCCCGUGGCUACGCCGACCUCAUCUCGUCCGGCCGGAGCAUUCGACGGCGCCCGCCCGCCCGCGGCGGACCCCAGAACAGCAUCAGGGAGUUUCCUCAGAGAGAGGCUGAAAACAUCUGAGACGGUGGGGGGGCCGAGUGUGAGACGGAGCAAAGCUGCAGCCGGUCGGGUUGUAAAUAUCUGGCAAUAUUUAAGCUCAAACAGACCUUUUUCUCUGAGGGAUGAGAGAACAGAAGCUUCUCCUGAUGAUGAUGCUCAGUUUUUAGAGAAGAACCAAGCAGCUUCGUAUUUUGCUCCAGUCUGUGAUCUAAACUCACCGCCUCCAGCUCACCUCUGCACAGACUUCCUGAUUUAUUGGGAAACAAAAAAACGUAACUCACCGAAGAAACGACGCCGUUACCGGGGUUUGAAGUCGCACAGCAACUGUGUGACCGACAAUGUUGUUAACUCAGGAUUUUUUAAAUAAAGACCUUGUUUUUACUGUUUAUCCUUGUUCACCACUGCUGCAGCCGAUGAGAAACUUACAUUAUUUAAUGAUACGUUUUGACAGGUUUAGCAUCAUUUCUGCGCAGCGAGUGUUUUACUAGAAUCUAAAGACAAAUCUCCGGUUAAUUCUGUCAUACUUCUCAAGUCUGGAAGUCUGAGCCUAAAAUUUACCUUCACGUUACAGCAACAGGAUGAAGCUAAACACGUCAAAAUAUAUUUUAAUGUUUUAUUUUAAAUAAUUGUGGGAUGUUACAUGUCAUGAGUUAAAGUGUCCUUAUUUAAAAAUGUUUUGUGAACAUGGAUUUUUCUUUCUGCUCAGAAACGUCAUGCUGUAAUCACCAACUAGAGGUUUCUCCUUAAAAUCUUCAAAUUUCAUGACUUGUUUUUUUUUCCAUUUUACCUUUUCAAUGAAGUUCCUGAGUUAUCGUAAUCUCCAUUUUAUUUUAAACUUCUUAAAAGAUAAAUCAUAUUUUCAUUGAGUCGAAAAAAAAAUAGGGAAAUUUAUAUUUUCUGUAUGAAUGUGUCACUGGUUGUUUACAAUUUCCUUUUUCUUUCUUAUCCAGAUGUGAUCAAACAUGGCAAUACUUCCUGUUUGGUUCCUCUUCAUGGUAGUGUUACUGGGUAGUCUUUUAUUAAUGGAUAGAUGGUGGCAGACGAUCAAGACUGCUGCAGGUUGGUUACAGUCAUGUAACACUGUUUUUAUCAUGGUUAUAAAUAAAAGCCAAGGGCACAUUUAGCAA